CACUGAUGAUCAGUGUGCCCUGGUGAUCUGUGUAGCCCCAGCAGUGCCACCUGUCAGUGUCCAGCAGUGCCACCUGUCAGUGCUCAUCCAUGCCACCUGCCAGUGCCCAUCAGUGCCACAUCAUCAGUGCCAUCUAUCAGUGCUGCCAGUCAGUGCCGCCUAUCAGUGCCAUGCCAGUUAGUGCCACUUAUCAAUGCCACCUAUCAGUGCCAUAUAUGAGUGCUGCCUUUCAGUGCCCAUCAGUGAUGCAUGUCAAUGCCCAUCAGUGCCACCUACCAGUGCCUCCUCAUCAGUGCCCAUCAGUGCCACCUAUCAGUGUCCAUCAGUGCAGCCUAUCAGUGCCCAUCACUGCAGCCUCAUUAGCGCACAUCAGUGAAGGAGAAAAAUCACUUAUUUACAACAUUUUAUAA